ACAUACUCGUAGCAUUGAUAACAGAGUACACGUCAUCACCGACAUUACUCACUCUCAGUGUGAAGUACAGACUUUAGUUCACAGUACUACAGUACUCCGCAGCCGCAGCCUUUCUGCUGUCAACAUGGAGAACAAUGGGAGAACGCGCCUGCUUGACUACAACCCCCAGUAUGGGUCUUUGAACACCGGCAGCUUGCACCCUGACAACCCUCAGGUCAGGUAUCACAACCCUCAUCAGGUUAUUACCUACUGUACGUGGGGCUUACUGGUCAUCGUCUGCAUCGCCUUGCUAUUGCCUGCAGUAUGGAUUUUCAUUCACCAUGCUAUAAUGAGACAUUGGUUCUUUCUUACGUGGGCGGGGGAGAACGUCAUUGCGCCAUCAAGAGUACAAGGUUUCAACGUUUCCGAGACGUUAACAGUACACUAACUUCCUUCUUCCAUGCUCGCAGUGCCAAAUCUAUUGUAAGAACUAACUGGAAGAAUCCUGCUGUGAAAAGACUUCAAAUUACAAGAAUAAUUUGGUUAAAACAUUUAAAUUGAAUAACAUAAUAAUUGUUGUAACUUUUCAACUGGAGGAAAGGAGAGAUAGCAUAAUUAUAUUGCUAAGAAUCUAAAUCAAAUCCAGAAAGAAUAGUACAACUAAACCUAUCUAAGUACCAUUGAUCAAAACCAUAUGUUUAUUUAUAUAACUUUCAUAAGGUAUAUAGGCAGAUCAUUUUUAUAUGGCCUCUGUAAUACCUGAUGAAAUGAAAAGUUUAUAGUAGUGUUCAGUUAACAGCAACAACUAAAACAGUAAAAGAGAUCUUUGGCAUAACAAUGCAACAAUGUUUGUACGUAUGAGUUCUUUAGGGACUCGUAUAAUCCGGCAUUUUCCAUUAAUUUUAGUCUUCUGCAAGUUCCUCGGUUAUUAAAACAACUGUAAUUAGUUAAUUCGAGAAAGCAUUAUUUGGUACAUUUGAGCAGCUGGUUUCAGAAUCAAUAACAUCUUUAAUAAAUGUGUAUCUAUUUCUUUAGAUUGGAAAGGUAUUUGGUAUAAACAAUGUACAACUAUUAUUAGUGUUUAUUUUGUAAUAUUUAGAUAUUUACUGUGUACAUUUGCCUUAUGAUAAUUAAUUUAUAUAUUGUGAAGGGAAGUUUGUUAGAAAAUUGACAAGGGAACGGAUUUUUCACCGAAUAAAACAGUUGUUUAACAGUAAAAUGAAUUAUUAAUUAAUGAUUGCUUUUAUGAUGAUGUGUAUGUAGCAUAAGUAUUUACUUACAGCAUCUAUCGUUUCAAUUAAUAAUUUAUAAUAUCACUAGCGUAGUUUAAAUGUAUAUAGAUUUUAUUAUAAACAUCAUAACCGAACCACCUAUUAUUAUACUUUACGAGAAUUAUUAUUUUGUAUUUAUGAAUAAAUAUUGACUACUGA